AUGGCAGUCGCCAAAAUGCCGAUGCCCGCUUCAAGGAUGACAGAUGAAAGCGAGGAUGACUACAGUGCUUAUGCAGACAUGUCUGAUGAACAGCUAUUGCAGUUAGCUAUCAAACAAAGUCUAGCUGAAACUAAUUUAACCCCAUGGCAGAUUCGACAAAUAAACAGCAACACAAAAUCAACAGCCCCUUUCGCUACGCAACGAUCACCAUCCAACCCAUCCAAACUCCCUGCAACUGCCUCUGCAAACCCUCCCAGUGAGAGUCAUUGUCUAAACAUCAACAGAGAUAUUUCACAUCAUAUCUUCUGUAAAAAUGAGGACAAGGUGAUUGCCUGGACAAGGCACAAUGGACACCUGCGUGUCACGGUGGAGACUGUGAAUGAUUUAGACCCUUUCCUCUCAGCAAUUUGGAGAGGUGAUGAAAAGGCUUUGAGAGACAUCCUUAACUCAAACCUUAACAUUCUUGAUGAACCCAAUAAGGACGGCUGGAUUCCACUUCAUGAAUGUGCAUUCUAUGGCCAUGUUGAAUGUCUUAAGAUUUUACUCGAAGCCAGGCCAGAUACAAUCAAUAAACGAACGAAAACAAAUCAGACGCCGCUUUAUCUGGCUGUAACUCGCAAACAUCUUUCUUGUGUCGAAUAUCUACUGAAGAAAGGUGCUGGUCCGAACAUUGCAAAUGUUCAUUGGGAGACGCCAAUGAACAAAGCGUGUGAUAACGCACAUGAAGCAAUGGUGGGGAUUCUUUUGAAAUUUGGAGCUUCACCAAACAAGGCCUGUGUUCAAGGUGUAACUCCACUUCAUGAAGCAGUGAUGAACAAAAACGUACAGAUUUGUAAGAUGUUGCUACAAGCAGAGGCAAAUCUAAGGGCCAAAACUAUUUAUGGCAUAGAUCCUGUUUUUGUGGCUGCUCAGAGUGGUGCUGUCGAGGUGCUUUGUUUCCUAAUUUCUGAAGGAGGAAAUAUCAAUACCCAGGCAAAUGAUGGUGCUACGGCAUUAUUUGAGGCUUCGAAGAAUGGUCAUGUUGAAGUUGUAAAGAUCCUUCUGUCAAAUGGAGCAGAUGUGAACAGAGCCAACAAGACUGGAUUACUUCCUAUUCAUAUUGCAGCAAAGAAUGGUCAUGAAAGGAUCAUUGUUGCCCUGCUUAACCCCAAAACCAGCCGGACCAAAGUAAGAUUUUCUGGCAUUAGUCCCCUCCAUUUCGCGGCAGAACGGAACAGAGAUGAAGUUCUAGUAACUUUAAUCGAGGCUGGAUACGACGUCAACACAACAAUGUCAGAUGACUGGUCAAAGAUGCAUGAAGAUCGCCGUAGCACUGCUUUGUACUCGGCUGUGGCGAACAGAAACUUAGAGGCUGCCUGCAUGUUAUUGGAGGCAGGAGCUGACCCAAACUUGGAUAUUUUCAACCCCUUGCUAGUGGCAGCGAGGAAAGGAUGGAUGGAAAUGGUGAUGUUACUGGUUGAGCAUGGCGCUAAUCUCAAUAAUUUACUCCCAACUCAUCCCACCACUUUCCCGACAGUGUUGGUUUUCUGUGUGAGGAACUUGCCAAUGAUGAAGUACAUCCUGGACAAUGGGUGUGAUGCGCUGUCAUGUUUUAGCUGCCAAUAUGGAAGUAGCCCUCAUCCCCCCAUUAUACCAAGAGGAAAUGGAAGAGAAAGAUUGUAUUAUUUAAACGAACAACCAUCAGAUUACUGUUUACAGUUUUGUGAGCUACUUUCUGCUCCCUCAGUCAGCUCCGACAUGGUACCCAUCAUCGACAUGUUACUUGACUAUGUUGGUCAUGUCAAACUUUGCUCUAGAAUAACUGAACACCUUGACAGUAAUGGAUGGAAGGACUGGAUGCUUAUCAAAGAGAAGCUUGUUCUUCCUUGCACCUUGAUGCAUCUGAGCAGACUGAAGAUCCGGAAACUACUGGAAGUUCAAAGACUACCACGAAUCAGUGCUCUUCCUCUACCAAACAGACUAAUUAAGUUUUUAAGAUAUGAACGAGAGUCAUUUGAGGAUAUCCUAAAAUAA